AUGACACCUACUACAACUGUGGGAAUCGGAAUAUCACUACGUUCCAACAUCCUCGAACAAUUACACAAACAUUUUAACGAACUUGAGCUAUUUAAUGAUGUUCCAAUUAGCACAAUAUUGGAUCCCAGAAAUCUCCACUUCCAAGACCCUGUAAAUUGCCUAAGAGCAAUUGGAAAGAUAAAAAGAUUGUUAAUAGGUUUACAAAAUGAACAGUCUGCAGUUGAAACUGAACCAACUACUAGUUCCCAAUUGAGUAUAUCAAACAAUCAAUCAUUUGACUUAUGGUCUUAUCAUAAAACAGUAGCAUCAUUGCAAAUUGAAAACAGAACCAAGCCAGUCGAUCAAGAGUUAAAUUAUUAUUUAACCAAGCCAGUGGUGCCAAUAAAUACAAAUCCACUUGAAGCUUGGGAUGUUAUUAAAUCAAUGCAUCAUAAUUUAUUUGAAGUAGCAAGAACAAAAUUGUCAAUUAUAGCUAUACAUCGGUUCCAUCGGAACGACUAUUUUCUAAAACAGGCCAAAUUCUAA